AGGGUGGCCUAUGGGGACCACUAGUCUUAAAAGAGGAGGUCGCAAACGUGCUACAAAAGUAUGCUACAAUAAAAACAGUCCUACAUGAAACCAAGUAGUAUGUGGAAAGAGUGCCACAGCUUAAAUCAGUGCGACUUCAAAAAGUUGUGUUUCCUCACGGAUGGAUAGGAACCAACGCACCUUCUGUGGUCGGAAGUGAUGUGUCUGGACGGAUGUUGAAAGAGUUGCGAGAGCGUAAAGUUCAAAGACAAGUUCAAGUGAAGUAGCGAGGAAACGAAAUGGGUCGCAAAGUUACAUUAGCAACGUGCUCACUGAAUCAAUGGGCCUUAGAUUUUGAAGGGAACUUGUCAAGAAUAUUGAAAAGUAUCGAAAUAGCCAAGUCUAAUGGAGCGAAAUAUAGACUGGGCUCAGAACUGGAGAUUUGUGGGUAUGGUUGUGCAGACCACUUUUAUGAGUCGGACACGGUACUCCACUGUUUUGAGGUGCUUAGGGAACUUCUUGAAUCACCAGUGACCCAAGAUAUAAUUUGUGAUGUAGGCAUGCCCGUUAUGCAUCGCAAUGUUCGUUACAAUUGCAGAGUAAUUUUUCUAAACAAGAAGAUCCUUCUUAUCCGUCCAAAAAUUAACCUGGCAAAUUAUGGCAACCACCGUGAGUUACGCUGGUUUUCUCCUUGGACUCAGCCCAGGCAUGUUGACGAGUAUUAUCUACCAAGGAUGAUCCGGGAUGUCACUGAUCAAGCAUCUGUUCCAUUUGGAGAUUGUGUGCUCUCGACUGUUGACACAUGUCUUGGCACUGAAAUGUGUGCGGAAAUGUGGGAUCCGAAAAGCCCUCACAUAGAUAUGGGUUUAGAUGGUGUUGAAAUCUUCACUAACGCCUCAGCCAGUAAUCAUGAGUUACGAAAGGCAAACCAGAGGGUGGAUUUAGUCAAGUCCGCCACAAGUAAGAGUGGGGGUAUUUACCUGUAUGCCAAUCAGAAGGGGUGUGAUGGGGACCGGCUUUAUUAUGAUGGAUGUUGUUUGAUUGCCAUCAAUGGAGACAUUGUUGCCCAGGGACGUCAGUUUUCUUUGGAUGAUGUGGAGGUUUUGUGUGCCACUCUCGAUCUGGAGGAUGUCCGAAGCUAUCGUGGAGAACAUUGUCAUCCACACAUAGUUUACGAUCACAAAUCAUACCAUAGGGUAAAUGUAGACUUUUCCCUUUCAGACUGUAAGGAUAUCUCCCUUCUCACACACCAGCCUGCUGAAUGGCAGUUCCACAGCCCAGAGGAAGAGAUCAGUCUUGGCCCUGCAUGUUGGUUGUGGGACUAUUUAAGGAGAAGUGGCCAGGCUGGUUUCCUCCUUCCUCUAAGUGGCGGAGUGGAUAGUUCCUCUACUGCCUGUAUUGUCUACUCAAUGUGUGUGCUUGUGUGCAAUGCUGUGAGGGACAACAAUAUCCAAGUGCUGCAGGAUGUCCAGCGAGUGGUGGGUGAUUUCACUUACAAACCAGAAGACCCUCGAGAGCUGUGCAAGCAUCUCUUCACAACCUGUUAUAUGGCUAGUGAGAACUCCUCUGAAGAUACCCGUGGUCGAGCUAGAGAGCUCGCAAUGCAAAUCGGCAGCAACCACGUGAAUAUCAACAUUGACAUGGCAGUGAAAGGCUUGCUGGGCAUAUUCUCCAUUGUGACUGGAAGAAUGCCACAGUUCCGCGCCAAUGGGGGAAGUACUCGAGAGAACUUGGCGUUGCAGAAUGUCCAGGCUCGCGUCAGAAUGGUCCUUGCCUACCUUUUUGCCCAACUCAGUCUAUGGGCCCAUGGUAAACCUGGUGGUCUACUGGUUUUAGGCUCUGCCAACGUGGAUGAAAGUUUGUCAGGCUACUUCACUAAGUAUGAUUGCUCCAGCGCUGAUAUCAAUCCCAUCGGAGGUAUUAGUAAAAUGGAUCUGAAGAAUUUCUUGCAGUAUUGCACCGAACACUUCCAACUUUCUGCACUAAGGAGGAUUCUGGCUGCGCCGCCUACAGCCGAGCUGGAGCCGCUGAUGAAUGGCCAGGUAUCACAGACCGAUGAGGCCGACAUGGGCAUGACCUACACAGAGCUGUCCGUUAUAGGGAGGCUCAGAAAGAUAUCAAGAUGUGGACCUUACAGCAUGUUUUGCAAGCUGAUUGAAUUGUGGAGAGAGACUUGUUCCCCCUCUCAGGUGGCUAUUAAAGUGAAGCAUUUUUUCAGAAUGUACUCUGUAAAUAGACACAAAAUGACCACAGUCACACCAUCAUAUCAUGCUGAGAGCUACAGCCCUGAUGAUAACCGCUUUGACCUGCGACCCUUUUUGUACAACAUACAAUGGUUGUGGCAAUUCCGCAGAAUCGACAACAAGGUAUCUGAUGUGGAGUUAGGAUAUGGAUCAAACUUCUGAUUUCAGUCUGUUUUCAACAUAGACCUUUGACGCAGAGUGGAUUGUAUGGCCAUAUAAUGAAUAUUCUCUAUGAAAUGUCCAGACCUGUCGUUACGUUUUCACUAAUCUCAAACAUUGUUUUUAAAACAAGAAUAGUCCUGGUUAUAGGUUUGUUGUUUCAGUGUAAACCUACUAAGUACAUUAUCUGAUACAUAGCCUACUUUAUGAGACUGUAAUGUGAAACAUGUGCAUGUGUUUGUGACAGACUUUCUAGUAAAAUUAAAUAAUUAUUGAAA